GUUAUUCUUCUAAUCUGUUUCUAGAGGGACAUUUAAAUGAGGCGCAAUCAACAACGGGAUGCCGCUGUAGAAGGAUCGGUUUGUUCAUUUACAUGAAUUACACGUUGCUCACAUAAUCGUCUCUGGUUGUUUAUACUUCGCUUUUAAACACUUUAUUAUGGAUUGUAACAUAUAUAACGUGUAAAGUAUUCACCAGAUAGUUAUUUCAAUACCCUGUGCAUCUUUUAAGUCGUAGCUUUACGUCUCUGCCAGAGUAUUAGAUGAUUGCUAUGGUGUCUUCUCGCCAGAUCAUCGAUCAGAAAUCAGUUUCAUCCUCUCAUGGCUCAGAUCUGGACUGCUGUGCGUGCUGUUCUGCCCGCGACAGUGGCAGAGUUUCCUUUUGGUUUCAGUGAGAAGAUUGAAGGAAGUGUGUUGAAGGUUCUUGAACUGGCCAGAGAUCAGCUGUACAGUGCACCAGAUUGCCCAGCUUCUGCUGAAAGAGCUCAGAUAAUUAUAGAUUAUUCCUGGGAGAAGCUUAACACAGGGACAUGGAGAGAUGUGGACAAAGAGUGGAGAAGGGUUUACUCAUAUGGCUGCUUAUUCAAAGUCUUAUGUUUAUGUCAUGGAAAUGCAUCUCAAGCCAACAUGCAAGAGGCCAUUAAGACAUGCGAUAUGGGUUUGUUAAUGGGGGCAGCCAUCAUGGACAAUAUUCUGCAAAGACUUGUCGGUAUCUUAAGGAAUAACAUGAAAAUGAAGAAUCCCAACAAAGUGGAGAAGUGUGAAGAACCCUGUACAAAGAAAAUGAAACAGGAUUGUGUGUUCGAGCCUGUAAUAAACCCAGCACAAGCUGUGCCUAGGAUUCAGUGUCCAUCUAUGGAGUGCUUCAGAUCAGAUUUUCUGGAUAUUCAAAAGCCUGUCAUUAUUGAGGGAAUAAUUGACCACUGGCCAGCCUUCACAGAGCAUCCAUGGAGCAUAGACUACUUGAAAACUGUCGCUGGCUGUCGGACGGUGCCUAUUGAAGUGGGAUCCAAGUACACGGAUGAAGAGUGGUCACAGAAGCUCAUUACAGUGAAUGAGUUCAUCGAGCGCUACAUUCUGGGAACAGGGGAUGAAGGAGUGGGAUAUCUGGCUCAGCAUCAGUUGUUUGAUCAGGUUCCAGAGCUGAAAGAAGAUAUCCGUAUCCCUGAUUACUGUUGUCUUGGAGAGGGAGAUGAAGAUGAAAUUACAAUUAAUGCCUGGUUUGGGCCUGGGGGCACAGUGUCUCCUCUCCAUCAGGAUCCUCAACAAAACUUUUUGGCACAGGUGAUUGGAAGGAAAUAUAUCCGCCUCUACAGUCCAGAUGAAACGAAAAAUUUGUAUCCACAUCAGUCGCAGCUUCUGCAUAACACCAGUCAGAGGUGGAGAAUCCAGACCUGGAAAAGUUCCCAGACUUCCCUAAAGCAUCAUAUCAGGAGUGUGUGCUCCAACCUGGAGAUGUGCUCUUUAUCCCUGUUCAGCACUGGCAUUAUGUGCGCUCUCUCGAGCUCAGCUUUUCUGUUAGUUUCUGGUGGUCUUGAUAUUUAUACAGAAUAAAACAGCAUGCUCAACUU